CUUCGAUUUUUCGUUGUUUUCCAUCUUUCAUGGCGUCUUCAAGUGAAGGACACUACAGGGGAGUAAGGAAGAGGCCAUGGGGAAGAUACGCCGCCGAAAUACGCGACCCAUGGAAGAAAACUCGGGUUUGGUUGGGUACAUUUGACACACCUGAAGAAGCCGCACUCGCUUACGACGGCGCCGCUCGAUCCCUCCGUGGUUCCAAAGCUAAAACCAACUUCCCCACGACCCCAUCAUCUUUACCUCCGCCGCCGUCGGCACUAUCUAUGGGUCUCAACCUCGCCUCUCUCCGUCGUUGGCCUUUAGCUUCAGCUAACCAUCAUCACCGUUUAGCCUCCAUGGGUGAGUUUCUGCAAACUGGGGUUAUCAAAGAAAUGUCAUCCACGGGACCAUCUGGUGUUGUUGGUGUUUCAACCGGUCCUCCGGUUCCGGGAAAUGGGUCCGCGACGUCGUUUAUGGGGAUUGUUCGACGUGGUUUGCCUAUUGAUUUGAAUGAACCGCCACCUCUGUGGCUGUGAAAUGUUGUUUUCUCAGUCAUUUUUAGGUUUUAUUUUUAACUUUAAACGAUUUUUAGGGGAAUUUGGCUAAUCUUUUU